CAAAUCGAGGCCGUCUAAAGUACCAAGCUCAAGAUCGAACAGCCCAUUGAUUUCCCGAAUGAGCGGGCUCUCAAGUGAUUACAAGCAUGCGUCGUCUAGUUCUGAUCCAAGACGUUCACCAUGAUGGUCACCUGCAAAGGUCAUUCUUCAAAUUUUCUUCUCAUUGUCGGGUCACACUUUCCAAAAUCCAGUGGUGGUGCAGUGGUGGUGCGGAGGCCCAGUGACGAUCUUGAUCUGAUCUUUGAUCAGCAGCCAACGUAGUGAGAUGCCAGCAGAGGAAUUUCCCUGAUCAGACAUGGCACUAGCAUCACAGGCUGCCCUCCGGCACAGCGCACUGAGGUUGAGCAAGUUAGCAACCCGGCACCUUCAAGCGUGCCACCACUCCCUGGCGCUCAGGAAAUGCGAAUCUGCUUUUGCGUCUGAUGUGUCCUCAUUGCGGCCCAAGCUGUUUCUUGUUCCCGACCUGAAACCCAAGUCUUUUCCUUCCUCACGCCGUCCUCGGACAACCACUGCUCAGGCCACUGGCACUGCUGUGCCAGCUGCGACGCUAGAGCCUGAAACCAAAGCCCCUUCUGUGCCAAGUUUGCAAGCGGCGGAGAGGCCGUCGUGGAAAGCGGCGAUUGACUUCAAGUUCAUCCGAGAUAAUGUGGACCUCGUGGCCAAGAACAUUGAGGAGCGGAAGUCGGGGGGCGAUGCUGCAAACGUGGUGGCGCUGUACGACCAGUUUGUGAAGAUGAAGACAGAAGUUGACGACCUCCGGGCAGCUAGGAAUGCCAACGCUGCUCAAAUGAAGGGCAAGCUUGAUCCUGAGCGGAGGCAAGAGCUGGUGGCCGAGGGGAAGCGUUUGAAAGACGACUCAGCUCGAUUGGAGGAAGAAUUGGCAAAUUUGGUGGAUGAGCUUCAAAAAGAAGGGCAGCGGAUACCCAACUUGACGCAUCCGGAAGUCCCUCGGGGGGGCGAAGAGGUGUCGGUGGUCAGAAAAGAGGCGGGAAAACAGCGGGAGUUCACCUUUCCAGUGAAAGAUCAUGUAGAGCUCGGAGAGGGCCUGGAUUUGUUCGAUUUUGACACUGCAGCCGAGGUGAGCGGUCAGAAGUUUUACUACUUGAAGAACGCGGCGGUGCUGCUGGAGAUGGGCCUGAUCAACUGGGCCAUUCAGAAGCUGUACGCCAAGGGCUUCACCCCGCUCAGCACGCCCGAUCUAGUUCGCAGCGGCGUCGUCGAAAAGUGCGGCUUCCAGCCACGGGCCGAGAACACGCAGAUCUACACGGUCCAGGACUCGGACCUGUGCUUGGCCGGCACGGCCGAGAUUCCGGUGGGCGGUCUGUUCAUGGACAAGAUCAUCCCGGAAGCGGAGCUGCCCAUCAAGACCGUCGCCUUCAGCCACUGCUUCAGGACGGAGGCGGGCGCGGCAGGGCGGGAAAACAGGGGACUGUACCGGGUGCACCAGUUCAGCAAGGUGGAGAUGUUUGUGGUGGCCACGCCGGAGCAGAGCGACGCGCUCCAUGAAGAGCUGAUAUCCUUAGAGGAGGAUAUGUACGAAAGCCUGGGCCUGCACUUCAAGACCCUCGACAUGCCAUCGGAAGACCUGGGGGCGCCAGCGUAUCGAAAGUACGACGUCGAAGCAUGGAUGCCGGGGCUAGACAAAUACGGGGAGAUUUCCAGUGCGUCCAACUGUACGGACUACCAGGCCCGGCGAUUGAACAUCCGGUAUCGGCCGGCCGUCAACGAAGACAGCGCUCAAGCCGGCAAGAAGGGGAAGGGGGCCACGAAGCAGCCGCCGCUCGAGUUUGUGCAUACGUUGAACGCCACCGCGUGCGCCGUUCCGCGGAUGAUUAUCUGCAUACUCGAGAACUUCCAACAGGAAGACGGCUCGGUCGUGGUUCCGGAAGUGCUUCGGCCCUUCAUGGGGGGCAUAGACGUCCUAAGACCAAAGGAAUAGCACCUUGGAAAAGAAGCACUACUAUUUCGCUGGCAGGGAUGCAAACACUGAGAUUGAUAGUUGUGUUGCGAGUCCGAAAGCGCUGGUCGAAUACAUGCCGCUACAGGAUACUGACAACGGUGUCGAUCGGAAGCCUGAUGACCGGGCGCCCUCGCUCGACCUUUGACCGUCCUGCUGCAAGAAUACGAGGGCCCCCGCUGCACUCUGGUGUGCCGGGGCGCGUCUACAUUUGG